UGUUUGUUUACAAAUGGCGACCGAAGUAAAUUUUGACGACGGUGAUUCUCCGUCUUUUAAUGUUGAAUGUGGACAGGAGACAUCAUACAUUUAUGUCAGAAAUCUUGGAUCAGGAGCAUUUGCAGAAGCAAAUCUCUACAGGAAAAUUGAGGAUAACAGUCUGGUAGUAUGGAAAGAGAUCAAGAUGGCCAGAUUGAGUGAGAAGGAGCGCAGAGACGCGUGUAACGAGAUUGAGAUACUGUUUCUACUCAACCAUGCCAAUAUCAUUACCUACUACAAUCACUUUAUGGAUGAAGACACAUUACUGAUUGAGCUUGAGUAUGCUAAUGGCGGGAGUCUUGCGCAGAAGAUCUCUAAUCAGAAGGAGCCUUUUGAAGAAGAGGUGGUCAAAUGGUACUUGUUCCAGCUUGCCUCUGCGUUGGUGCACUGCCACGAAAACGGAAUCAUUCACAGGGAUGUAAAAUGUCUCAACAUAUUCAUGACAAAGACAGACUUAUUGAAACUGGGAGAUUUUGGAAUUUCGAAAGUACUGGAGCAUUCAUCACAGCUUGCAGAGACGAUUGCUGGUACGCCUUUAUACAUGUCACCCGAGUUAAUGAAGGGAGAAAAGUACAAUAACAAGACGGACAUCUGGGCUAUGGGGUGUGUCCUCACAGAGUUGUUGACGCUUUCAAGAACAUUCCAGGGAACAAACCAGUUGAAGCUAGCCUAUGAGAUUGUGUUAGGAGAGCACAUUGAGGUGGAUGCCAACUACUCAGUGGAGAUCAGGGCCCUUGUUGACCAGCUGCUUCAGAAAGAGCCCGCAAAGAGACCGUCUGCAAAGGAAGUCAUUGAUGGCCCUGUGUUGAAGGAACGAGAAGUUUUUGAGCGCCGCGUAUAUGAGCUGAACACAAGUGCAAGAAGGACCAGGAUUCAGACAUCUAUCUCAGUCUCGGAACAGACUAUUGUGCCAGUAGUUAAGUCACAAGUCACUGAGGUGUACCAGUGGGGCGGUGGCAAGGUAACCCCUCAGUGUCAGGACAUAUUUGUGAAAGGACGCAGCCCUGCCUAUGUGUCAGCGGGACACAGUCACUUUGCCGUGGUAACCAUGGAGAAAGAGGUCUACACAUGGGCGAAUCUCCAAGGUGAUGGCAAGAUUGUAGGUCAGCUAGGUCACGGCAAUGUGGCCUCAUAUAAAACACCAAAGAAAGUGGAGGCAUUUGAAGGCAUAGGAAUCAUACAGGCCGAGUGUGGAGAGGACUUCACUGUCUUUCUGACAGAUGAAGGUCAGGUGUUUUCAUGUGGUUCCAACUUCUACGGCUGCCUGGGAUGCGAGGAUGAGGAGGACGAAUUGGUCUCCCCUGUCUGUGUGCCCACGUUUGCGCGCCUUGCGGUUCAGCAGCUGUCCUGCGGGGAUAACCAUGUGGUGGCAUUGUCAAAGGAUGGCGAUGUUUACACAUGGGGACGUGGAGAGUUUGGACGGCUUGGUCAAGGGUCAGAGGAUGAUUGUUCCAUACCAAAUAAGGUUGAAUUGCAAAAGAAGCACAUGGUGCGUUACGUGUCUGCUGGUGCAGAGGGGACAUUUCUCCUGACCCACUCUGGUCGCGUUCUGGCAGCAGGAAGUAAUGAACACAACAAACUUGGUUUCAACUCGCUCACUUCGGGUAUAAAGAAGCACAAAGCAAAGAUAUACGAUAUUCCAUGUAAACUGGUGUUCACCCUUGUUCGACCUUUAGUGAGAUUACAUGUAGUAACCAUAGCAAGCGGUGCCAACCAUUCUGCUGUCAUAGAUGUAUGUGGACACCUGUACACGUUUGGGUGCAAUAAGUUUGGCCAGCUGGGGGUUGGUGACUUCAAGGUGCACUCUAGGAUUUGUCGCGUGGCACAUGUCCUUGUCAACCACCGUGUGGAGAAGGUCACAUGUGGAGAUGGAUUCACAGUAGCCUCAACCAGCGACAACUAUGUGUAUGCCUGGGGCAAUGGGGAUAAUGGGCGCCUAGGUUUUGGCCAUGUUGAAACAGGAGUAAGCUCGACGAAGAAAGCUGUAUCGAUACCAAGACCGAUAUUCGGAGCCCUGCACAUUGUGCCAAACCUUUCUGCAAGGCACUGGCACACCAUCCUGAUAGCAGAGAAAGUGCUUAACCAAAAAACUCUUAAGUCCCGAUGUUCAUUACCUGGAACUAAACGAGUAAAUAGGCAUGUAGAGGCACAAACAGUUAACUUGUCUGGUAUCCAAAAUGACAGUGCCUUUUCUGAGGUUUCUACUGAUCAGACAGGAAGUGAUGACACUUCCUUACUUCUCACUGAGGAUUCUGGGAAUCCCAUUUCACCAGAAGGUUCCCUGCCUUUAACUAUGAACAAUAACCCAACACAAGAACAGCCAGCAGGUCAUUCUUUAGCUGCAAAUACUGACACCGACCUACCACCAUGGCUUGCUGCUGAAUUAGAAGAUGAGGUGAUACCCAUACCUUUAGGUUUUGUGAUUCAGUCACCGGGUUUGGAUUUUCCAGGUGUACAUGCAAACCAUGGACCUGUUGGUUUCCUCAGAAAUACUACCAAAAUGCCAGUACUCAGUGUUCCAAAAUCACAGAACAGCUCACCUCAAGUGUCUGGUCAAUUUAAUUCCUCUUCCAAUUCAUCAAGCCAGUCAAUAUCAUCUUCUAGCUCAUCUAGAAGCUCAAUUGUAACUUCUAGUUCAUCAUGGUCAAGUUCAUCUGGUGAGGCAAGCACAUCCAGUAAAAAUUGUCCUUCAUUUAUUACUAGCCAAACAAACAGUGUUCCAGGCCAGACUGCCAAAGACCAGGUCUCGACAGCAAACAAUUCAAUGUCAUCUAGUCAAGAACAGAAGUCUUUGGAGCAGACCAUUGAAAGAAAGGAUUUAAUAAUAAACCAGUUGGCAGCAAAAGUUAAAGACUUGGAGAUUUCAAACAUGAAGAUGCGGGACCAUUAUGAGGAUGUUAUUAAAAAGUUGCAAUCUGAAAUAGCAGCGCUGAAACCGAAUGCUACAAAGAAAUCGUAACAACAAAAAAGGGCAGGUUAUGCAUGACCUUUGGACCACGGUGCGGCAAAAAAAAUGAAUAAAAUUCUGCAUCUCUUAGGAUUGCGUCAUCGGACGUAGAUGUCAUACAAAUCAAAUGCAACUUCACUUUGUAUGAUAUUAUGACAAACUGCGCUUGUUAUUGAUGCAGACCAUGUUGCACGUUUUUGGUACAGUCGAUUGGUGUAUAACGGAUAGCUAAGGACUUCGAGUCUCAUUUCAACGUAAACACCAUGCAUUCAGUAAUUAAACCAUUAAACCUAGAUAUAAACAUGUCUUUCCUAUUGAAACAUGCCAGCGGUUUUAAAUUUCCGAUUUUUUUUAUUUGUUUACAGUGCGAAUUUCAUGGUACACUGAUUCAGCCAUUACCGGAUCGCUUAAGUCUUUAUCGGAUUACAUGUGUAUCGUGUUAUUUUUUGAAAUUUGACAGAGCAUUUGUAAAAAAUAAUUGCAAUAUUUCUAGAAAGGAAAUUCAUUUCUGCGUUUAAUAAGACCAAGUUCAUGGAAAUCGCUGCACAAUUGAUGAAGUAAUGGCUGUCCAAAGCGAUGCACCCUAUAUUCGGGUCAUUUUGAGUUGAAUACCUUGUUAUAUAUAUAUAGUUUUGAUAGUGAAAACUAUGUUUUCAGAGAAAUCGAUUUUUUGUUAUAAUUUGAUUAUUUUUUAUCAAAAAUGAUGUUUUCGCUAAUUAAUAUCAUAGCCACACGCUAACCACAUGUGUAUUGGACAACUUCAAUUGAGUUUAUAUUUAAUUUGAGACAAUCCCCACAUUCCUGAAUAUGGGUCACCACAUGUCCGUUAUUCACUAAAUCCCGAGUUGCAGCUUUCAUGCUUAUUUUAUAUGGUACGCAUCAAUUUGGUUUCUGAGCAUUCUUACUUUUGUAAAGGAUAUAAACUAUUACAUCAAUGAACAUUAUGUUUACCAAACAAAUUCUGCAAAAUUCAAGAAACCAUUCGUCUGCACUUUUCCUGUCGUCACAAAAACGGUGCGUACGUAACGUGACCUUGUUUUGCUUUCGAAAAAAGAAACAGUUGUAAAGAUUGACACACGUCAACAAAAACAUGAAUCGACUUAACUAUGAUAGGCUUUUUGUAUUCUAUUCAUAGAAAACUAUAAAUCUUAACAUAAGUAAAACUAUUUUGCAAAAAACGUUUAACCUAUCCGUUACUCACUAAAAUCCGCUAUACACCAAUCGACUGUAUCUACAUGCAUUGUAUCGUGUCAAAUAAAUUGUUAUACCCUGCAUGAAGGAUUCAUAAUAUAGGAGUCAGUCUAUCUUUAGUCAGUCCGUCUGCUGGUUUGCUUUCAUGAAAUGUCAUACAUAUGUGUUUGAAGCAACUUCUAUUAUACUUGUUAUGCGCAAAAUAUUAACAUUUUCUUGUUCAGAUUUCUAAGUUGCAAAAAAGCGAGGUGAUGUUGCUCAACCAAAUUUCUUUUGACAUUGCAUCGUUGUCAAAGUAGUACUUUGUUUUAGUCUUGUUAAAGUCUCAAGAAUACAACAAAUUACUAGUAUGUGACGACAACAUAGGCAAACUAUGAACUCCGUCCAAAGUUCAUUUUCUUUUGCAUAUUAUCAUAGUAGGCUAUAACUACGUUACGCAAGUCGUCACAUACUGAACGUUGGUUUGCUGUUUGAUGUUUACAUACAUUACUGCUAUCAUUGAUCUCUGUAUUAGCAUAUUUUAAUAUGUUGUUUGUGUUAAGUUCUCAUUGUCUGUGAUUAAAUUUGUACGUUUUGUAUGUUUGUUAGUCGCUUUAUUGUUUUCUAUAUAACCUUUUGGGAUUGUUAUUUAGAAAUACAUUUUUAAAAACUGUUCUUGAUGCCACAAUAUUGUGCCAGUAGAGAUUUUUUUACCAGGAUUUUGGUUUGAUUGAUGUACUUUCAUUUGCAUUACAUGAUGAGGUAUGCCUUUUUGAUGUGAUGUUUCGUUAAUGUUUUAAACAUAUUUAGAAAUAAUAAUGACGAAAACACAAUUAAAAACAAUGACGUGUACAAUUCAAAUUAUUAUUUUCUUUGCCCUUAUGAAAUAUGUUUCUAUCUUAAUAUUUUAUAUGUGCUUUUGUGAAAUGUUUCCCCGCGUGGUAGGCCUUUCUUUGGUGCGCUUAAUAUGUGGAAUUUCAAAACAAAUUUCAUCAUUUAAUCCAUUUAUUCUUGAUUUGACUAGUAUUAUAUUCAACAAAAACAUUUACAUUGAUUAUGCAAGAUUGCAUAAUAUUGUGCAAUAAAUAACGAUGCAAAUAAUGUGAAAAAAUUUAUAAUUGCUCAAAAGACAAGCUAUAAUUUAUUUUAAGUGCAUUUUUUAUACAUGAAUGUUCGAUGAUCAGGAAUCCCGAGGGCAAAUUAGAUAUAAUAUGUUAAUAACGUCAUCAGAUAUAUGUUGCCGCUAUUUUUAAACUUGUUAUUACACAUUUACAAAUACUCUGUAAUUGCUGCAGGAACAUUAUUGGCAUUUUUAAGUCUGUGACUACGAUUCAACGAAUAAAACAACUAAACUUA